AUGUGCAAUUGCUCCAGAGCGAUCAGACCUCCUACGAACCAAGGCACCACCUCUGUCAACCCUAGUUGGCAUUGCGCACCAGACCCUCGGGCUUAUUGGCAUGUCUCAGUGCAAGAUGAAAGGCCCUGCGAAGACUACGGAGUACAGAGCAUGGUUGUAUGCAGUCAGCUGUGGGAAUGUCGGUAG